UCGAAAUAUUUAAUUUAGAUUACAUGACUGGUAAUAGUAAAGGAUAUGGGUUUAUUUCAUAUGAUAAUUUCGAUUCUUCAGAUGCGGCAAUUGAUGCAAUAUCUGAAUAAACCAAUUACUGUAUCAUACGCAUUCAAAAGGGUAAAGGUGAAAGACAUGGAAGUGCUGCAGAAGCGAAGAAAAUCAAAGUCUUUGUUUGCAGAUGUUCGUCCACCUACUGUUCCACCUCCAAUG